AUGUGGGCCAUUGAUCAGGAUACCCGCAAUCUCGAUGCUCUUCGUGGUGUUCUGUACCCUGAGGACGUUGUGAUGACGGACAGCAUGAAGGAUGAUACCAGCUAUUGGGAAAGCCAAUAUCCUGGUGACUGUAGAACUACGGAAUGUGGUAAACACUGUCCUACCGGUACUAUCGAGAUGGAUACUUUUAAAUGUCCGGAUGGUGGUGAUAAGGACGACUCUCGCAUCUGCUGUCCUAUCGCUGCUGCCCCUGACCCAGAUACCUGCCACUGGCGUGGUGGCGAGUCUGGAAUUCUUUGCAAUGGACAAUGCCAUGGUGGUGAAGUGGCCCUGGCCUCGGCCGAAGAGAUCAAGAACUGGAAAGACUGCUAUUGGGCUGGGAGAGGUGACCGAUCUGUCUAUAGUUGUGAUGACAACCAUUGUAACACUGGUCACGAGGUUGAGCUUACGCUGAGUCUAUACGGUGAAGGAGAGGACUGUAUGCCAACGUCUCGUCAACGAGCCUUCUGCUGCACACCCGCAAGUGGUGAAUUACUGUUUAUGCCAGUCCCUUUGGAGUAUCUGUUUGAGAAUUCCCCAGAGAAUGCAGAUGACCCCGACUUCAAUCUCUCGGUAGACGACACCUGGGGCACUGGUGACACUCAAGGCGAUGCUGAUGAAGAGCCUGAAGACGCUGCUUUUGGAUUUGUGGUUAUAACCGCCCCUGAUGAGGUUUAUGUCAGCUUGGAUAAGCGUGAUGGCUCGCCCUGGGAGUUAAUGGACUGCCCCGACAGCGAUAGCAAAGAGGAGCAUACUAUCCGCAUGAUCUGUACUGAUUCCUCCGCGGACAGCAAGUGUGACCACAUUCACCGUGGAAAGGGUGCUCCUGGUACCAUUCUUCAAAUGCCUAGUCGCUGUGGCCCCGGUCGAUAUGCCGUCGCAAAGGAGCUUAAGGAGUCCUAUAACCAGAGUCUCCCGGGUCAUCUGAACAAGCGUGAGCUUGAGGGCAGAUCCGUCUACGACUUGACCUUCGACUACGACUUCAAGCAUGUCCCUCGUGAUUACGGCGAUGCCUUGAUGCGUAUUGACUAUAGUAACCAGCCUGGAUACUGGGACUCUGUUGUCGACAGGCCCGCUAGUAACUCCGAGCGAAAGGCCAAACGCGCAAAGCGGGAUGAAACAGGCUAUCACAAGAACCGAAAGCGCUAUCUCGAAGAUGAAUGGCGUGAUGCGUAUCAUCAUGGUGGUAUGGAGCGCCAUGAGGUCCAUAAGCAUUGGUUCGGUGAGGAUAUCCUCAACUGGCUCGGUCAAUUGAUCACUACUGGUGAAGCCGAGGCCACCAAGGAGCUCAACCAUAAGGUCAAUGAGAAAGUCGAGCUCCUUCUCAUUGACCAGCAGUUCGGACCAUGCCCUGUUGGUGGAGCCCAGGCUCAGGCGAAUAUUCGAUCAUCCAUCACAGCCUCGAUUGAUGUUGAGACCUCUUUCGGUAUAACCAUUAUCACCACCCUCAAGGAGGGCAUGGAUCUCAGCAGAUCCUACCUUUACUUCAGAAACGCCGGAGAGGUUGAAGCUAGGUUUGAACUUGACGCCGUUGCUUCUCUGACGUACUCGACCGGUGAUAUCAAGCUGCUCGGUCUCGACGACUUCCCCGGCGCAACCUUCCGCGUGCCUGGAGUUGUUACGGUCGGUCCGAACCUCGCAGUCUAUGCCUCUGCAGAUGCCUCGAUUGUUCUAGCGGGACAUCUGGAAGCAGACGUUACUCUCGCAUCCUGGGAAAUUCAACAGACCUACCCUCAAAACGAUGAAUACCCAGAAAAAGCCCUCAAUGAGCCCGACCGUAAGGCUAAGACCAUUGGCAAGCCCCAUUUCGAUGCCUCUGUCUCUGCCAACGGCGAGAUUACCUUGCAUCUGAAGCCAACUGUCAGCUUUGGAAUUGACUUCGAUGACCGCUGGAAGAUACCCCGGUGUUCCGUUGAUCUUGUCCUGGAUGGAUAUGUGAUCAGACAUGCGGAAGCUUCCUACGCACUCGACGGGGACAACAGCUGUCCACUCAGCUAUGGUAUUGAUGCUGGUUCAAAGAUGUACGCUCAGCUUGACGCCCCUGAGGAAUUUGGUUGGGGCGACGAUCUCCGAGUCACGCUCGCAGAGGUGCCCAGGAAGCAAAUCACGCCUUCAACCUGCGUUGGUGAGAAGGGCAAGCGAACUUUGCUGGGCUAUGAAGCAUACAAUUCUUCCGUGGAAGACUCUUCCUCGCGUAGAAAUGAAUACAUGCCUAUGCCUGUUUCUCAUUCCAUUGCCAAGCGUGACACACUUACCCUUGGCCCUCUGGUCACGAUCCCCGAUGACUUCCUUAAUUGCCCUGGUGAGGGUGGGGGAAAGAAUUCUUGCGUGAUGUGCUCAAUGUACGGCACGAAAGUCAGUGACAGCGAUGACUCGAAACGAGAUGUCUCUUCUCUGUUCGGCCGUGACGAUGAUAGUGGUUCUUGUCCUAUCUACCCAUCCCCAGAUAGUGGAAAGUGCUACGAUACAGAUUCGUUCCUUUUCGACCGCGCUUCUGACCCACAAGAGCCUAAAAAGAUGAGUCUCAGCUUCUAUGAUAACAACAAGAAAUUUAUAUAUUUGAGGUAUCCCCGGUGUAACGCAAAGGACGACGGGCCGACGGGUGUGGCGAAGUGGUAUCUUCCCGAGUUUAUGCUAUCCAGCUCACAAGAUAUCAACGACAACAGAAGCAAAUUGCCCGCGAAGGACUUCCGUACGGAGCACGUCUUUGAGGUACAUCUGGUCAAGCAUUUCCUUGAGUGGGUGUGCGGAGGAAAGGAAUCCAAAUAUGGAGGUCUUGGCGAGGUUCCUUUCCCUAAGAAAUGGACACGUCCUGACUCGACUUGGUGCUCAGAGGUGUUUAGAGGUUCUAAUGGCGGAAUGACUUGGUCGAGAAAUAAUGGGCCCAAAAUGAACUGGGUCCAACAUACCGCUGAAUUCCUCGGAAAUGGCCAAUCGCUUGACCUGCUCGUCAUGUAUCACGAAAAGCCCAACGGAGUCAAAGAGGUUAUUACCGAAGGAAGGAAGUCUAGCCUCCCUAAGGACGACCCCAGCAACGGUUACAUCGUUGAGCUAAAAGAGAUAGCGGAUAAGGUCAUGAUGACUGCUACUGUUUGGAACUAUCUGCAGGAAUUUAGCGACAAGUGGACCAAGCCCAGUCAGAACAUCGAAUUGAUCUCGGACAAAUUCGACCAUGAAUAUACCCGCCAAUAUUCCCAGAACAAGCCAAACGGACAGGCCCUCAAGCCAGACGAUACCACCUGGGGCCUCAAACACUGGGGUCUGCGUACCCUAUGGGCCUACUGGAUUGACAACCAUCUGGCCAAGAUUGAGCAGAUUCAGGCGGAUUGGCACAAGACCGCUAAAGACCAGAUCAGUUCCAUAAAAGAUAAGAUGGACCCGAAAAAGACAGACGCUGUCGCGAAGAAGUUUGCAGACAUCACCAUGACUACUGGAGACGCAGCAGUGGGAAAAUUCAAGUUCCCAACGUCUAAUGCGGGUAAACCGCUUCCUGGUACUGCGACAAGUGCAUCAAAUGACGAAAGCAAGUACGGAAUGUGGGGAGGCAACCAGCUAGGAAAGCUGGGCCUGUAG